CUCUCUCUAGGCUUCUUAAGUUGAGACCAUUCUUUCCUGGCAUGUCUAUUGUGCUGUUGUUUCAUAGAACACCAUUUCGAUCAUCACAUUUGUUUUUUGUCAUUAUUAAAAAUCGAUUCUUGGCCUAAUAUGCCAAAUGCUUCGCUGUUAGUUCUUGACAGACUAAUUUAUUCUGUUUAUUUAAAGAUGUUAUUUCAUGUUUAAGAGCCCUUCAUUGGCUGUCCAUCUUCAUCACAAUUUAACUAGAAGGGCUCUUGAUUCUGUCGGUGGUAGUUACAAUUUUGUUAGCACUCACAAGAAAUCCGUUUCAAAAAAAGUUUGAAUUCAUAAUCAAGUCUCAACUACUUCUGUGAUUGCUAGAAAAAGAUUUCUGCUUUUUACCAGUAUAAAAAUUAGAGCCUAUUGAUGCUCAAUUUGUGCUGUGGGAAAUGGAUCAUUCACAGAGAUCAGCGGUUGAGAUCAGCAAGGAUGAAAAUGGGGUCACACAAGUGCUGCUUCAAAGUCCACGUGGCGCAUCGGUUAGGAUCAGUCUCCAUGGAGGGCAGGUCCGAUCAUGGAAAACAGAACGAGGGGAGGAACUGUUGUUCACUAGUUCUAAGGCGAAUUUGAAGCCUCCGGGAGGUGUGAGAGGAGGGAUUCCCAUCUGUUUCCCGCAGUUUGGGAAGCGCGGCUCGUUGGAGAAGCAUGGAUUUGCAAGGAAUAGGAUAUGGAUGAUUGAUGAGAAUCCUCCACCUCUGCCGUCUGCUGAUCAUGGUAACAAAGCAUUCAUUGAUUUGAUUCUCAAAUCAUCCGAUGAUGAUCUCAAAAUCUGGCCUCAUAGUUUUGAGUUCCGGAUUAGGGUGAAUCUGAGCGUUGAUGGAAGUUUAAGCCUGACUUCACGAAUCCGCAAUGUCAACUGCAAGCCCUUUAGCUUCUCGUUCGCUUAUCACACUUACUUCUCUGUCUCGGAUAUCAGUGAGGUGAGAGUAGAGGGGUUGGAAACACUUGACUAUCUCGACAGCCUGUUCAACAAAGAGCGUUUCACAGAACAAGGCGACGCGUUAACAUUUGAAUCCGAGGUUGAUCGCGUAUAUCUUGGCUCUAGGGACGCGGUGGCAGUGUUUGAUCACGAGAGAAAGAGGACUUUCGUGAUCAGAAAGGAAGGGCUUCCAGAUGUAGUGGUGUGGAAUCCGUGGGAGAAGAAGGCAAAGACGAUAGCUGAUUUGGGAGACGAUGAGUACAAGCAGAUGCUGUGUGUGGAUGCAGCAGCUAUAGAGAAGCCGAUUGCUCUCAAACCGGGAGAGGAGUGGACAGGGCGAGUCGAGCUGUCUCUCGUCGCAUCCAUACAGUAGAUUUCAUGUUGAAACUAAUAGGAGUUUUACUAACUAAGUCAGCUGGUGGCCUUUUUCUGUGUCACCUCAAAUAACAAUGCUCAAAGCAGAAGAAGCCAUUUUCCUGUAUUUUGUGAGAAUGGCUGGCUGAUUUGUGUUGUGUGGUGUGGUUUUUGUGAGUAUUUUGAAGUGUACAAGUUGUGAUAUAAAAUUUAGUUCUGUUUAA